AUGGUGUACUUUCGUGCCUUCGCGUUGCUGGUUGUGCUCUGCGGGCUAUGUCCGGAUGUCUGCGUUGCAGGGACUCAGUGCUUUCAAGAGACGUACACCUACAGCGAUGCCUCGGAAUGCGGUCAAGCUCGACCCAAAAACUUUCAUGUGAAGCGAUGUGCCACGUCGCAGGCAGAGCUGGCGAGCUACCUCAAGGGUCAGAGUCUAGACAGCAACUUGAAUGCAGACGAGUGCAAGCAGAUGUGGCUCAAGGCUUGUGCCAACUUCUACGGAAGCUUUGUCGUUGUUCCCAAAGCUAUCUCGUGCCGGAGCGUCAUCUGCGACCAGAGCAGCUUCUUCUCCAACUGCGUGAGUGAUGACGAUUGCGUCGGGAUCUCGAGCGUGAAGGAAGGAGUGGCUCCCGACUCGAACUCCACCUGGCCCAUCGCCAACAACCAGACAGGCUUUCGCAUCCUCGCUGACUACUUCCCCUGCUGUGACUUCUGGGAGAUGUACUGCAACGGCGCUAAAGGGCCCGUCAACAUGGAUGGCUUCACCCCUACCCAGCUCGCUGCUAAGGACGGGUGGUGCAGGUUCUCGGGGCAGGGAGCUUGCUGGAUGCCAAACCCACUGAGUCGAUGA